AUGUCCGGCAAAGUCCCUCAUGCCGCCUUUUGUGAGGAGUACGACGAAGACGCCCAUGUUAUUCUCCCCGGUUCCCGUCAAGUCGCCAACGUCGCUGCCAAACGCUCCAAAUCCGACUUGAGAUCGCCGUCGGAGCCCCUGGUCGACAUUGCCAGUGAUUCCGGUUAUUCCAGUCGUACCGCCGCUACCGUCAACAGCACCCAAUCUGGCCCGUCGGGCUGGAAAAGUCCUGUGCCUCUUAAGGUCGACACCUCGCUCAAGAGAUCUGACCUCGAUCGUGUGCGCUCCCAUCGCAAAGAACGUCCCAGGGAACGAGUCGCUCGCCCGGCGCGGGAGGAGAAGAUGCAGGUUGGUGCCUAUCCGCCCGGCGUCGGUCAUCAUCCCCCGCCGCCUCCUAUGCAACGGUCUCCCUCGCGGUCUCGUAGUAGGCGCGAGAGCGCUCAUGUACGGCACUAUCCGGGGACCUGCUGGGAGUGCGACCAGGGCUUGUACCACUCCUCGACGCCCGCCGAACCGCGAUCCGCCAUGGACUAUCCACCUUACUACGUGUCCCAGCCAUCCACCCCUUCCGUACACGACUUCCCUCCACCCUCGCCCCAGACGUCGCGGUAUCCGCCCUCGGUCAGCUCCGACGUCCACGUCGCCUCCCACAGCAGCCGACCGCACGGCCGCAGCGGUCGGUCAGACACCUACCAUGCCACCAAUCGACCGAUGAGUUUCCACGGCAUGAUGCCCGGCAUGAUGUAUAACUCGAGCCACCUGGGUCGUCCGGACCAUGGCCCGCCCUUGUCCUCGUCGGCCUACGCCAACACUCCGCCGUACGCCUCCUCGUACUACUCCCAGCAAUCGCCCUACUUCCCCGUGCCGGACUACGCCCCGUCCGAGCAUCAUCCCCAGGAACGGUCGCUGUCCCGCACGCGAGAGCACGGUCGCGGCCGCGGGUCGUCCACGUACGGAGCCCCCGUGGUGGAUUACGACCACGCCUCGGCCUAUGACGAGGAUGAACCCGUCGAGCACGUCCCCAGCCGCGAGCCCCGACCGCGCCUCCCCUCCCAUUCGUCCCACGAGCGCGAUGAGGAUUACUACCGCAUGCCGCCGCCGCCGAUGAAGCACAAGGCCACGCCCCACAUCAUCCAGAAGCGCCCGGAGCCGCGCAAAUCGGCCACCACGCCCGCCAUCAUCUCGGAACGUCGCCCGUCACGGUCGAUGGAUCUGUCGGAGAUGCGGGAUGCCUUGCCUGAGUACGGCUACCGGCGCUCGUCGCGGGAGACGGUGGUGCCCGAGCGCAACCGCAGCCUCCGAGACACUCGCCGCUCCACCUCUUACCAUGACAGCGCGCGUCCGGCCCGGAUUGCCGUGGAGAACUCGCGCCGCCGUCGCCCCACGAUGUACUACAACGACGAGGGGGGCGACGACGUCGAGGAGAAGCAGCGCGAGGCCGAGGAAUACCAGGCCUCGCGUUCCGGCAAGUCGGGCCCGAUGCCGCUGACGGCGGACCUGCUGCGGGCCAAGGCGUCCUCGCAGCGCGCCGAGAGCGACAGCGGUAGCCAGAAAAGCCGCUCCAACAGCAGCCGGGGCAGCGACGCGCGCACGCAGAACGGCAGCGGCGUGGGCACCAACAAGCCCGAGGAUGACAACAAUAUCGUCAUGACCAUGAACGGCGUCACGAUGAGCUUCACGCAGGAGUCGGUGGGUGGGAAGAGGAUCAGCGUUCGGACGGGGGAUACGGGUGCCGUCGAGCUGAACAUCGAAGGGAAGCGACCGCAAAAGUAUCUGACUGGUGGAUCGGACUAUACCGGCAGCGUCGCCCGCCGAGAACUCGAGAGCUCUCGACGCGCUCGGACGGAUCGCAGGUCGGAUCAGGCCAGUCGACGAUCCAGUCGGUCCACCUACAGCGGUCGGACAUACUAG